CACUUGAACCGUUAGAGCCAUGAUGAGGGGAAUAUUCAGAUUCUCUGUAUCUGGUAGCAUUUAUGAUCAUAAGAUUUCCUCUGCCUUCGUGGAGAAUGGGACCCAGCUUCCCAUCUGCCGGCAUCAUUCAGGAACUAGUGAACCGUAUACAUCUUCUGACCAAACUCUUAAAUCCUACAACGCGAUACCCGGGGAAUGGAGGAACAACUGGGUCAGUGUCUACACAUUCUGGAAAAAUGGUGGCAUCAGAAAUAUGCACAAUCUCAUGUUAAGUAACUUCAAUAAGUACGGUCCGAUUUACAGGGAAAAGAUCGGUUACAACAAUAGUGUAAACAUUAUUAACCCAGAGGAUGCCGCAAUCUUGUUUAAAUCUGAAGGCAUGUUUCCAGAGAGAAUGAAGGUGAAGCCAUGGAUGGCUUACAGAGACCAUAGAAAAGAAAAAUAUGGAGUCCUGUUGAAAAGUGGAGAAGAAUGGAGAAGAGAUCGACUAGUUUUAAAUAAAGCACUGAUUUCACCCCAAAUUAUCCAAAAGUUUAUCCCACUUCUCAAUGAAGUGGUGCUGGAUUUUGUGUCCACAGUUCACAAACAGAUUGAGAACAGUGGGAGAAAGAAUUGGACAGCUGAUCUCUCAAAUGAUCUCUUCAAAUUUGCACUUGAAUCUGUAUGCCAUAUAUUGUAUGGAGAACGUCUCGGCUUACUGCAGGGUCUCCAUAAUCCUGCAUCACAAAAGUUCAUCGACUCAGUUACAAUGAUGUUCAAAUCCACAUCCCCAAUGCUUUAUAUUCCGCCCGGGCUUCUGAAAUCAAUCAAAUCGAAGAUCUGGCAAGAUCACGUUGCUGCUUGGGAUACCAUUUUUGCACAUGCUAAUACCUGUAUACAAAGAACAUACAAGCAGUUCCACCUGGGAUCCAAAAAUGAGAAAGAAUAUUCUGGAGUUCUAGCAGAUCUACUGCUGCAAGGCCUGCUGCCCCUAGAUGACAUCAAAGCUAGCAUUACAGAGCUUAUGGCAGGUGGAGUUGACACAACUUCCAUGACUCUCUUAUGGACUAUGUAUGAGCUUGCCAAAAACCCCAACGUGCAAGAAAAUUUACGCAGUGAAAUUAUAGAAGCCAAUCAGAAAACACAAGGUGAUCUACUACAAAUGUUAAAAUCAGUGCCACUACUCAAAGCUGCAUUAAAGGAAACACUGAGGCUUCAUCCAGUAGCUGUAACAUUACAGCGCUACACAAAUGAAGACAUUGUAUUGCAAAAUUACCACAUACCUGUUGGGACCUUAGUGCAGGUGGGAUUGUAUGCAAUGGGAAGAAACUCGGAGAUAUUUCACAAGCCAGAAAGGUACAACCCAAAAAGGUGGCUGAACCAGGAAAGUAACUACUUCAGAAACCUUGGCUUUGGAUUUGGACCCCGGCAGUGCAUUGGGCGUAGGAUCGCAGAGACAGAAAUGCUGCUGUUUCUAAUUCACAUGCUGCAGAACUUCAAAAUUGAAACAAGUCGUUUGAUUGAUGUGAGAACAACCUUUGACCUUAUCCUGAUUCCGGAGAGCCCCAUCAUGUUAAUUUUAAAGCCUGUUAAGUAAAGAGAAAAGGAUAUAUUUAUGGAAGAUACAUUAUAUGUUUGUUUCAUCUUUUCAUUGGAAACUAAUUCAUGGGUAAUCAUAAGAAGUAUACAGGUUCACUGAUCAUUAAUGGGUUAGCACUGUUAGUCAAUUUAUUUAUCCAUUACUUGGAUUUAUUUCAGUGCGACUGUGAUAACGGUCAAAUUAAGGUAUUGAAAUGAUGUGGUGACCAAUUUUCAUGAAUGAUGGGGAGAAGAGAAGUAAGCAAAACCAGUUCAAACAGCAAGGGAAAAAAAAUCAUAUUGCGGAAGGGAAAUGUAUUGUCUUUCCUCCCACUGGUGUACCCACAAAAUGCUGCUUAAACCCAUGAGCUAAAUAAUUUCUGCUUGCUUUAUAUAAUUAAUUGUAAUGGCAUCCUUUCAAAGUAAGUUCAUGAUUUUAUAAAGCUAAGCACACAAAGCGAACUUUACCCUGAUGAAAAAUGAACAGAACUCCAAAUCAAUCAGAAAGGUGACAAACAAUUUUAUAUAUUGCAAACCUUUGUUUUUACUUGUGAUUUUUCAGCUUCAUGUUAGGGUAUUAUUCCUGUUUCUAUAUUCACUUGGCAAGAAUUACUGAAAAAGAGGCAUGCUGUCAAAGCUUUUUAUGUUGUACUCAUCAGGACAGAAUCACAAGAAUGCCAAAUCUCAAAGGGAACAACAAUUUACACUCCAUAAGCUAAGAAUAAGAACUACAUGAGAACCGAUCAGCAUUCUCUUUUCAGCAAUAUAGAUUGUUCUUCACUUUGAGAUCUGGUUUUCAUUCAACGUGUGCAAAUCUCCUAUUUUCAGCAUUACAAGAAUUAUUUUUGCAAAUAGUAAGAUAAACAGAAUGUAAAUGAUUCAUCAUGGGAACAAUAUUUCAUUUUCAGUUCCAUCUGAUUCUAUAGAACUUUAUUACGUUCAAUUUAGAUCUUUUUAAAAAAUGAUCAGCAAAGUUUUUUUUAAAGGUUAGUGAUGAAAACUCAGAAAUCAAAAAGUGAAUUUUUAUUUUGAAUUUUAUAUUGUAUUAAAAAGUCAAUAAAAUUGACCUUUAUUUUGCAUUAUUUGGGAACUGGGACAAUUAGAGAAUUGUACAAGUGGUCAAAGUGCCUUCUUAAUAUAUUUCUCACACUACAACCUCCAUUGGCUCCUUGUUUGGCAAAUUAACUCGUCUUAGAAGUGAAUUUAUUUUUAAAUAUGCUUUAUUGCUUUAAAUAUGCAAUAAUAAUCAAUUGUCUGCUAUUACCAAAGACAAUUUCUGGCCUCUGUGGCUAUAACACAGAUUUAUUUGUGGGCUUAGUUUGACCAGGGGAUUUUUCUUAUUAUCCUAAUUCUCAUGUAGGUCCGCUUAAAAUCACACCGUAUAAACAUUUCCCUAGUUUUGUAUCCUGGUGUGUUUGUUUUGUUUGUAUUUUUAUCAUGACAGGAAGUGAUGAUUAUAUGCAUUAAUAAACUUUUGUAAAUACCCCGAUUAUGAAAAAGCCUAGUGAUCUGAACAGCCUUCAACUUGGCAUUGUGGGUCAACCCACAGCAGGUGGACUGCAGCAGUUCAAGAAAGCAGCUCACCAGCACCUUCUCAAAGGGCAACCAGGGAUGGGCAAUAAAUGCUGGGCCCAACCAGCAACACCCACAUCCCACAAAAUGAAUAAAAAAACUUACAAACAGACUUAAAACCUCAGCAGAAUAUGCUCAGAAUUUUUUUCGAAUCAUUCUUAGCACAUAUAUUUCAAGAUAAAUAGACCAAUAGUACAUUUCACAGAUGUAUGAAAUAUUAUUUGCCAGCUAUUAAGAUUUUUCAUCUGUUUUUAUUCGAGUUUCUCAACUUAUUUGGGUGUGUAACUUGUUUUCCCGGGUCCCACCACUGACAUUUAUUUCCAAAGGGACAUUGUAACUCCUUAAGUGAUUUUUGGAUGUUUAAGUGUGCAUCCUGCUGAUUGAUCCAUUGUUCUUAUUUGUAGGCCAGUCACAUCGCAAAUGGCCAACUAUUUUUUGAUAUUCUGUUGUAUAUUACAAAUACGAUUCAAAUGAUAGCCAUUAAUUAAACAUGUUCAGUAUUUUGUCUUAACAUGUGCCUUGGGCUGUUUUAAAAUGAUCACUAGCAAUAACAGUUGGUACUCUGCAAUACAGAUACAUCACUUGCCCCAUGAAUAUCAGGGUCUAAAGGGGGACAGACCCUGGAUUGUGGCAAAAUGUGAGGCAUGCAAAAGUAUGGGAGGUGACAAUGAUAUUAUCCAUCUGAUCCUAUGCGCUUCUGCACCCAGGUGUGUAUUUGACAUGAAAUACCACAGCCCUUUAUUCCAUUAGUGUUUUGCUUGCUGCUAUGGAUUCUGCAAGUUUUAGUAGCAGUUACUUUAUUCCAGUCCCCAGUGCCAGUAACCAACAAGGUAACCUCAAAUUAUGGAAUAUCAAUAACACUCCAAUGCUCCCUCAUCUAACACAGCAUUCCUGCAGUUCAGAUAAACCUAAGGCAAAAACUUAUUGCAUUUGGCCAAAGUUUCCACACCAUAAUCAUUAAAGUAAAGAUAAAGUCACCAUAAUCUUACCAGACCAUAGGGCUGAUCUAUUAUUAGAGAGAAACAACCAGUGGUAGUUUAACCUGACGAUCAAGACAUGUUGGGCAGGAGAAGAGGUUGAGAAAGAGAGUCCUUCAUGGUAACCUUGGCUGGUACAGGAAUUAAACCCAUUCUGCUGGCAUCACUCUAUAUCACAAACAAUUGUCCAGCCACAGAUAACCAACCUCCUACUGUGAUCAUAGUGUGUCACAUGCUUCAUAAAUUGACCAUUAAGAGGAUAGUCAAAUGAAGCAGUAAGGGUUAGGUAUCUCCUUAGUGAACAAUGGCAAUAAAAGAACUAGUCCCUUUGGUAGAUACAGAAACAAUUCAUCUGACCUUAAUAAAAAGCUCCUUCUAAUGUCCCUGUGGGAUUUUUGCAUAUGAGGUUCCUUACAUCUUUCUUAAGCCCGUGACAACUAUUACAUUUUAUUUUGCCAGCCAGCUUGUCUACUCCAUUGAACAUAAUUUUUGUUUUAUUGUGCAACUUUCUGUAGUCACACAAAUCACUCUGUGGCCACGUCUGCAAAUCCUGUGACAAAAUAUUUCCAAGAAAUUGAUUUACCUCUGAUUCUGGUGUCUGUGUGUGUGUGUGUGUGUGUGUGUGU